AUGUCUGCCGCGAAGAAAGCAAGAGUUGAGGAAGAACCAUCGGAAAUUAUGGGAUACAUUCACAAUGUGUCCCCCAUCAAGUUGUCAAGAAACAACAAGUACUUCAAUGCAGUGUUUCAGGACCACGAGAAGUACAGCGAUCUAGUUUGCUUUGUCCCAGAAUACAACCAAAUCUUGACGGAAAUGCAGAAGGCAAAGAGUCCAGUUUGUCUUGCAAAAGUUGACAAAUCAAUUAGUACAAGAAAGCCAGGUUUAUAUGACCUCAAAGUUACAUCAGCCACUAGAAUAUCUGUUGCUUCUCAUCAACUUGAUUUCCGAUACGAGCAACCAGAGGACAAAGUUCUAACCAUUACAGAAGUAAAGGCCCUGCAAGCUUUUCAGAAGGUAUCUGUGAAAGCCAAGAUCAUGAGUCAAAAUGACCCGACACUCCAAACAAUUAAAUCUGGAGAAGUUAUCCAAAAGCAAUAUUUAACAAUAGCAGAUGCAACAAACUCCAUUCAGCUGUGUGCCUGGGAUAAACAUAUUGAACAAAUUCAGUUAGCAAAAUGUUACACCUUCUGUAAUGUGUCUUUAAGAAAUUUUGACAACGUCAAAUCCCUGACUACCUGCCCUGAUACUAGAAUUGAUUUAGUUGAUGAUAUUGGGCCAGUCAAGAAUGUUGAAGUUGAGUCCGUUAGUCUUAUUGAAACAAUAACAGUUGAUAGUGUUUCAUGUGUGUCAAUGACUCUUUGUGGCGUGUGCAACAAAGAUGUGGGAACAUAUAACUCUAAUGUUCCCACACUGAAAUGCAAAUUCUGCAAUAUGAGGCAAAACACUUCAAAAUUGCAGAGCUCACUGAAAGCACAAAUAAAUUGUAAAUUAUCAGAUGAGCCAACAUUGCACAAGUUGUCAAUUUCAAACGCAGUGCUAAAAAAAUUCACCGACACAAACAAGAUGCAAUCACCUGAUGACAUUGAGGACUAUUUGUUGUCAAAAAAAUUGAAGGUCGAGAUGACUCCUUCUAAGAGUCAAAUUUUGAGAAUUAUUCAGGCGGUGUAAAUUUAUGUCACCCCAGACAGUCUUUUUAGGAUUUUCUACUGAUUAAAACCCAGUAUGACAAUGUAAACGAUCAUCAGGAUUAUAAUAUUGUAUUGUUUAAGUAGUUCUUUAAACUAUUUGUUUACUUCUUAACUACUUGUUAAAGUACAUUUUGUUUUUCGCCCCUUCAGCCAAAAAUGUUCAUCUUUCGUUUUUCAUUCAAGCUAAUUUUGUUAAGGUACAAAUCAUGUGAGUAUUAUUCCAAAUUUGAAUUGGUCUAUUAUUAAUAUUCAUAUACUUCUUCAUAAAAAAAACUGUGUGUACCAGUGAUUUUUAUGGCGUCGAGCGAAGCUCGAAAGCCAUCUAGGGAUCGUACGUCCGGAAGUUACAUUUUUAGGAGCCAAACAACUCAAAUGAGUGCAAAGUUUUCGUAUGUGUUUGAAGAAAAAUAGAUGACUUACUUCAUUUCGAGCAAAACUGUACGUCAACAAAACAAGUUUGCAGAUUCGAAAUGGUUGCCGUCUUUAAAAAUGUUCACAUUUUAUUGAAAACAACAUGUCUCGGUUUCAGCGGAUGAAUACAUUAGCACCGAGACACAUGCGAUAGCUGGGCUUACAUACUCAAUUUGG